GGCUGGGUCCAAUCCAGGCUUUUCAAUAUGUCAGUUUUCCCUGGAGAAUCGGCCUGGCCUGGCUGCCUCCCCGCAGGGCCAGCGAAGGGGUUAAAAGCGCGUGGCCGAUGAUGUCAGUUCCUGUGUUGCUUUGGAGGGCUGCCCCUGCUAUUCGAGCCAGGCUCUCCCGCUUUAAGGCGAGCGGAGCGCCCGGGAGCAUGGUACAGCGCUGCUGAAUGGGACGGAAACGAGCUGCGCGUGGCUUCGGAGCGUCCCCGGGGACCCGCGCGCCUCGCCGGCUGCAGGAGCGUCCCAGGAGCACGGCCCCGCUCCGCUCCUCAGCACCGGCCCCCAAGAACAACACAAGAGCAUCUUGGAGGAUCUGCCUAAGCAGACAAAGAGCUUUGCCAUGGCAGAGCUUGCAAUGGAGAAUAGAAGCUGCAUGGACUGGCAGAAACGAUGCCUCGCAUUGGAAACCCAGCUCUUCAAAUUCCGUCUUCAGGCUAGCAAGAUCCGAGAGUUACUAGCUGAGAAGAUGCAGGAGCUGGAGCAGAGAGUAAUCGAGGCAGAGAAGAGGGCGGAGAAUGCAGAGAAACAGGUCAGAGUCAUGGAAGAGAAGGUGAAAUUGGCCAGUAUGAAAACCAGCGAAUCAGAGAGUACCCUAUACAGAAAAUACCAGGAGCUGCUGGGCACAGUGCAAGGAAAGGAUGAUCUGAUCGGCAGACUGGAAACACAGCUGGAGAAACAGAAGCAGUUGAGGGCUGAGGAAGCUAAAAUUGUUCAAGACAAAGCUGCCAAGAUCAAGGAGUGGGUAACAUUUAAGCUAAGAGAGCUUGAGCUAGAAAAUUACCACCUGAAAAACCAUAAUCAGAAGCUGACAGAGCAAAUUGAAGCCCUUCAGGAUGCAUUACAAGAUCUAACAACCAUCCCUCCUAUUGAAUCUAUUUGGAGCUAUAACCCUUUGGUGCCCAAAAUGCUAUUGUCAACCUUGCUUGAGAAACCAGACCAGAAGUCCAUGUUCCUUGGGAUGGGUGUCAAACAGGAGUGUCCAGGAAGAGCUGCUAAAGGUGUUCCCCCUACACCAGGUAUGAUCCUUGUUGAUGAAGCCUCCAUUGCAGAAGAAGACAGUAAAUCCUUGCCCUCACAGAACAUGCUCAGGGUCAUCCCUGACCCAUCAAACUGGAAGCCCUCUUUAGAGAAAGAUACGUUCCCUACUGUAAUCUCUGACACUAGCUCAGGGUGCCCUGAUCCCACACUACUGGACCUCACCGUUGAGUCCACAAGUGUCCUUGAAGCCCUGGCUUUCCAGUCUUCCUUGGGGAGAAACCAGAACUCUCUAAGCACCUCAGAUCAGAUGGCAUCAGAGCUGGGAAACUCCUCAGAUGAGCUGAGUGCCAAGUUCCGCUCUCACAGGCUGGACUCCUCUUCCUCAGGGGAGAUGAUGAGUACCCCUGAUGGCUGUCUCCCAACUGCAGAGCCAACACUGGAUUUGCCAUCACCCAUUACUUCAACACAGCCAAGCUUUCCAGGGAGGGAAUGUGGACUAGGCAAUAGUCUGACUCUCCCAAAAAUCCGGACACCGAGCACCCCAAGAGACAGUAUCCAGCUAGCAAAGAGACAUUACAGCCAACCCCAGCCAGGUGCUGACUGCUUCCAUAAUGUAAUGCGCAUAGAGGUUGGCACCUUCCAGCCCAUAACAACCUCAACACUGUGUCCUGCACAAGUGGAGGAGACAGACAUUGAUGAUGAUGAGCUGCCAGAGAAGAUGGAGACAGAUGGCUGCCCAGUGGGGGAAGAGGCUGGGAUGGGUGUGAAGAUUGAUCAGCAUCCUGGUUCAGGCAAAAAUGAAGCUGGAAAUUCUGAAGCGGGACCACUAGACCCAGGAGGCAAACCUCCUACUCCACCACUGCACAGGUUCCCAUCCUGGGAGAGUCGGAUCUAUGCAGUAGCCAAGUCUGGCAUGAGACUGUCGGAGGUGGCCCUCGGGACUGACUCUCCCAGCCGGAUUUCGAAUUUUCCAUCAUAUUCAGCUUCUGGGCCAUUCACUUGCCUUAUCUACAGAAAUGUCACGGUUCCAGUCUACACCACGCUGAAGGGGAAAGCCACCCAGAUCAGCAACGUUCCUUUCUUAGAUGAGUCCUCAGGCUCCGAUGAUGACUGCAGCUCCCAUGCCAGCUUCAGGACCUCCAAUGGUGGUUCUGAGAUCAGAAAGACCAGCAUGCCAGGCAGCCCUCGUGCUGUGAAACGAGGUGUGUCUAUGUCCUCACUGAGCUCAGAGAGUGAUUAUGCCAUCCCUCCCGAUGCCUACUCCCUGGAUGGUGACUAUUCAGAGCCAGAGCACAAGCUGCAGCGGACAUCUUCCUAUUCCACUGAUGGUGGAGUCUGCAGUGAGCCCAUGGAGAAAUCAGGCUAUUUGCUGAAAAUGGGCAGCCAGGUGAAGACAUGGAAGAGACGUUGGUUUGUUCUGAGAAAUGGACAAAUCAUGUACUACAAGUCUCCGAGCGAUGUUAUCCGCAAGCCUCAGGGGCAGGUUGAGCUGAAUUCUUCUUGCCAGAUCAUUCGGGGUGAAGGGUCCCAGACAUUUCAGCUCAUCACUGAAAAGAGGACAUACUUCCUGACAGCAGACUCUCCCAACAUCCUGGAAGAAUGGAUCCGUGUUCUGCAGAGCAUUCUCAAGGUGCAGGUGACCAGCUCUGCUGCUGUCCCUCAGAAUGAUGCCAAACCCACUGUGAAAGGCUGGCUCACCAAGGUGAAACAUGGUCACUCUAAGUUGGUUUGGUGCGCACUGAUUGGGAAAACCUUUUACUACUAUCGAAAUAAUGAGGACAAGUGUCCUCUGGGGCAUUUGCACAUACGCAAGUCAAAGGUGGAGGAGGUGGACCGUUCCUGUGACUCGGAUGAAGAUUAUGAAGCCACUGCAGGGGGUCUCCUCUCAUCCCAUUACACCCUGGUGAUUCACCCACAGGAUCAGAGUCCCACCUACUUACUCAUUGGUACCAAACACGAGAAGGAUACAUGGCUGUACCAUCUGACAGUAGCAGCUGGCAGCAGCAGUGCCAAGGUGGGCACAGCAUAUGAACAGCUAAUUGGAAAAUUACUGGAUGCAGAGGGAGACCCACAAUCUCCUUUGUGGAAACACCCCAUGCUGUGCUACAGUAAGGAUGGACUGCACACCUCACUCACUACUCUGCCAUCAGAGGCGCUGCAGACAGAAGGCCUCAAGCUCUUCAAGUCCUGUCAGCUGUUCAUCAAUGUCCCUGUGGAGGCUCCAUCUAUUGAUUACCAUGUGUCACUUGCCCAGACAGCGUUGCAAGUCUGUCUGACACAUACUGAGCUACAGAAUGAAAUCUACUGCCAACUGGUUAAACAGACUAGCUGCCGGCAGCCCCAGAACCACUCAGUCAUUCAGUGCUGGCAGCUCCUGGCUUUGUGUGCUCCUCUCUUUCUUCCUCAGCACCACUUCCUCUGGUAUAUCAAACAACACCUGCAGCGGCAUGCAGACUCCAGGAGUGAAAUAGGCAAGUAUGCAAUCUACUGUCAGAGGUCUGUGGAGCGCACGUUGCACACUGGAGAGCGGGAAGCCAAGCCUUCACGAAUGGAGAUUGUGUCCAUUUUGUUGCGGAAUCCCUUCCACCAUUCACUCCCCUUCAGCAUUCCAGUGCACUUCAUGAAUGGAACCUACCAGGUUGUGGGUUUUGAUGGUUCCUCAACAGUGGAUGAGUUCCUCCAGCAGCUGAACCAGGAGACAGGAAUGAGGAAACCAUCCCACACUGGGUUUUCCCUCUUCACAGAUGAUCCUUCUGGCAGGGAUCUGGAGCACUGCCUGCAGGGCAAUGUAAAGAUCUGUGAUGUUAUUUCAAAAUGGGAACAAGCCUUGAAAGAACUGCAUCCUGGGAAAUAUGAAGGUAGCACAAGAAUAGUGAAGCUGACCUAUAAAAGCAGAUUGUAUUUUCGAAACCAGGCAAAAGGUGAGACAGAUAGAGAGCGGUUGCUGCUGGCCUUCCAGGUCAGCAGUGAAAUAGCCAGUGGGAGGUUCCCUGUCAAUAAGGAGCUGGCUUUGGAAAUGGUGGCUUUGAUGGCUCAGGUGGAAUAUGGAGACUUGGAUCGACCAGUAUCUUCAAGCCCCGGGGGGACACCACAGUCCAAAAUGCAACAUCUUCUCCAACAGAUCUUGGACAAAUUCUAUCCCAAACGUUACAAACAAAACAUUACCCCUGAGCAUCUCAGGCGGUUGGCUGACAAGCUGGCUACAAAAUGGAUGGUGCUGCAGGGAUGCUCUCCACUAGAAUGCAUUAGAAUUUAUUUGACAGUGGCCCGGAAAUGGCCUCUCUUUGGAGCCAAGGUAUUUGCUGCGAAGCCUGUCCUGCCUUCUCCCUUGGAAGAUUGUCCAGUUUGGAUAGCUGUGAAUGAAGAUGGCAUUAGCAUACUGGAUUACAACACUAUGCACUUAAAGCUAUCUUAUGCAUACCCGUCUGUGCUGACCUUUGGAGGCUGUCGAGAUGACUUCAUGAUUGUAGUCAGUCAGGGGAAGGAUAGGAGUUCUGGGAAAAACAGCACUGAAAAACUACUUUUCACAAUGGCAGCUCCAAAGAUUGUUGAGGUGACACUUCUAAUUGCCAGCUAUAUUAACUACUGUGCACUGACUCCCCUCCUGUCUCCUGCACCUCCUUCUCUGAGCAUUAUCUCGCCUAUGAGCACAACGCCAACUAAAAAGCUCUGGGAGGCUCAAAGCCAGUGUUUCUUUCCUUCCAUGCUCCGUACUACCAAGGGGCCUACACUGCUCUGAGUGCUUGUUCUCAGUGCCUUUGGGUUUCAGUGUUGUUUUUUUGCAAGCUGCCCAAUUUUGAGUUGAAGACUGCUGUGAUUUUGCUGUUUAUGUAUCCUAUUUUAAUGCAGACUCCAGUUCUCUCUCCUUAGUGUGGUAUGAAGUAUGUUUAGAGGUAAUAUCCUCUCUUUUCUAAAGACUAGAUUGUGGGUUCUGCCCACACUUCCUCUCUCUGCUACAUGCUAUCCUAAACAUUGUGACUAAGGUCAUCUUCUCCUCUUGCUGCUCCAAUCACGUCACUCCCUCCUAAAUCUCUUCACUUGCUUUUACACUCCUUCCAUUGUAGGGUUGCCAAUUUUGGUUGGACAUAUUCCUGGAGUUUUCAUCACACGAUGUAAUCUUUAAUUAAAGAUUAAUCUUUAAUUCCUGGAGACGCCAGGACAAUCCUGGAGGGUUGGCAUCUCUACUUCCAUGUCAUGUUCAAGCUGCUCUUACAAGCAUGCCCCUUCCCAUUCUGGGCUUUGCACCCUGUUUCAGGUCACCAUUCCCUAUGCCUAGAAACUAUCUCCCACUUCUUGCGCUCCUCGUGAGCUCUCUUGUAUCCUUAACACAGCCCUUUUCAGUAGCUUUUCACCAUUCGUCUCCUGACAAAUCCUGUCUAUCCACUUCACGUUUGAAUCAUUAACUUACCUGUCCUUCACCUGAAUUAGACUGUAAGCAAGUUGGGCAAGGGACUUUGACUUUUGUGUGUUUCAAGCAUAAUACACAGUGAUGAGAACUGUGGUAUGAGCCUUGUGCAAGGAUACUUCAUACUGAAUACGGCCAGUAUGCCAAGUUUUAUAUUCCUGGAUCAGAAAAUACAUGCACCAAAACAGGGCAAUUACCAGCGUGUAAAGAGAAAUAUAAUGGAGUUUUAUAGUGACCCUAUUAUGUAGUUUAGGUACAACAUUAACCCUAUGCUCUGGUGAAUGUCCUCCAUGUUCCAAAGACUUUCCGAUGGUGCUCAAAUUCACUAUUGCCAACCCCAAAACAACAGGUAAAAUGGCCAGUCUUUCUGUAUGACCUGCAAUAUUUUGUACUGUGCUGCUGAAUAUGCACGCAGCCCAAGACUACAAGUGAACUUAACCCCACAGCUGUGCUGACACCUCAAUGUGAUCAGUGCUCAGAUUCAAAAGCUGAUGCAGCCAAGAGCCUGUACUGACCUGUGGUCUAAGAAAGACAUGGAAAGGGAAAAAAUAAAAGUUGACUAGAUGGAAGAGAAGCUAAGCUGACAAGCAAAUAAAUGUCACAGGCUAUCUUUGAAGAGAGCAUAUUAUAGAGAAAAGGGAGAGUUUAAUACUACUUUAAAACAAAGGAUAAGGCAGUUUUGUUUUAGUAAAAUUAGGGCAGAAAUGUGGCAAUAUCUCUGCAUUUUGAGAACUAAGUAAACAGUGAAUAGGACUGGAACAGAUGUCUGACAACGUCCUUCCUCCUGCAGGACUGAGGUACCAUGGAAUGCCAUGCUGGUCUAUAUAAUGGACAAAAAGCUGGGUCUCCACCACAGGGCUGUAUUUAUCUUGCACAGUCCCAUGCCAGACAUAUGCUUUCAAAGAAUCUUGGUGUUCACCACUAUAUUGUAUGUAUUUCAGGAUGUGUUCACUACUGUAUAACAUUACUGCACGUGAUCUCUAUGAAUUGGGAUGGCCAGGCAAAUGAUUUUUGUAUUUAUAAUGUCGUCCAGCAACUGGUGUAGUUUUUAGAAAGAGCUAGACCACACUAAUUUCAUAGGUGCGGUUACUUCCAAACCCCAGCUUCCACCAUACCAUUAGCGUAAGGGGAAGUGGCUAGCAAUUAUAUUCCUAAAUACUGUCCUUCAGGCCUUACUAAAUAGUGCUGUUUUACCAGUCCCAAAGGGACUCUGUUGAAGUCGGAAGGCUCAAAAUGUGAAAUUUUUUGUAGAGGUUUCACAUAGGUUUUUUAAAAUUAUUCUUCAAAGACACACAAAUCUACCUACGUAGGUUUUAUACUGUGCUCAUCAAUCUUCUAGCUUUCUAAAAAGCUUAAAAAAAAUAAAAUUGUCAUCUCCCCAGCAGCCACGAACAACCAUAUAACAAACUAUGUGCACUGCCUAGCUGACAUGGACACCCCACCAAAAAAAUCCAGCCCCCAUGGCAGUUCUAUAAUAACAAACCUAUUCUUGCAGCCCAGCAGUCACAAUGAGCAAACUGUUUUGAUAUUGUCAAUGUGUUUAACCUCGUGCCCAUCAGCAACCCGGCAAAUCGGUGUAUACAACCCAGCACACUAUAAGCAACCUUACAACAAGAAGCCAGUGUAUACGAGGAGGACAUUACAGAAAGGAAACAGGUUUUAAUUUCAAGCUUCCAAUGACUAGUUAGGCACAAAUAGUGAAGAGCAUGGAACUGGGGAAAUUAUCUUGUAUGAUUCUAAGCAAUUCCUUGACAGAAUCCUUUUAGGGCUCUAAAAUAUAGAAAGGCUGGUGCGCUGGUGAAAGUUAAUGUGUCAGAAACAGCAGGCUGGAGCUGAUAAAUCCUGGAGACCUGAUUCGCGCAUACUGUAUUUUACCCACUUCUCACGUGUUUGGGGACUUUCCCAUCACACUGUUGAGAUGAGCUGUGGGUUUUCUGAGUCAAAGAAAAAUUUUGACAAAGUUUUGAUUUUUAGUCUUUUAAAAGUUGCAGAUAUAGUCAAAAAACUGACUACAUAUCUUGACAUUGUGGGCUCUGGUAUUUAUUCUCUCUCUGUAAUCCCAGUACAAAUGAGCCAAUUUGAGUCAACUAGGGUUUGUUUUUUUUCAAUUUCCUGCACUGAAAUCCUCCCCUGGGAUAUGAGAAUCCAGCUGGCCUUCUGCCUCUUACACUAUCACCAGCAACAAAGAUUCUUCAGUCUGAAUUGGGCUGUUACUUGUGUUAAUGAUGCCCAAAGCCCUACAGGAGUAACACUUGUUAUAUUAAUUAUUUGACUCACAGGAAGCAGAGAAGUUGAGUAAGAAGGGGGCCAUUUUUACUGUCAUUUUUCUGACCAUAACUGCACUUUAAACUUGACAGCAUGCCAUGUUGAUCCUUUAGGCAUUAGAUCUUGUGAGCAUUCACCAAUACUUGAGCAUUUCAGGGAACACCCCCACUUUGGUGAAUGGCACCAUAUACCUCUUAUUUAUAGCUUACCUGACUUCAGAAAACUGUUGUAGAUAGCUUAACUAUUUUUUUGAUUCCUUGGUAGAGAAUUUAAUUUUUUAUUUUCAUCAACACUCUUGGCAAUGACUGGACAUUUUCUAAAGUGUAAAAUGAGAUACUGAAUAACAGAAGCCGAACUGCUGUGCUGUAUGUAAAAGGAUAACUGUGAGAUACUGUGAGAUUUUUUUUUUUGUUCUUAAUAAAAUGCAGUUGUCAGUGACUCAA